UGUUUGAAUGCGAACGAAAGACUCAAAAUGCUAUCUUCUCUAUCAUUAUACAUGUCAUUUUCGUAUCAAUCCGCUGGAGUGUUAUGAUAGAGUUAAAUCGUGCUCAAAAGAGGCUAAAAAUGGAUUCUGCGCGUCCAAUUACCAUUACAUGAUUGACAGGUGUCCAUGGAGCUGCCGGUUCUGCAGAAGAGCGAGAGGUGAUACUGACAAAUGUGAAGACAUCGACCAACGCUGUCCAGAAUGGGUGUCAAAGAAUGAAUGUGCGACGCGACCUGACUACAUGGCUCAGAACUGCAAGAAGAGCUGUGAAAUGUGUGGUCCAG